AUGGCGGCUUGUGAGAGACGACUGGUGUCCUGUGAUGAAAAACAAAGGAUUGUAUGCCUUCAUCAAGAGGGCGAGUCAAAUUCUGAGAUAGCGACUACUGUAGGAAGGUCUAGAAGUAUUAUGCAACAAAUUGUAGCUCGUUUUAAGUCAUCAGAAUCGACAGAUGCUAAACCCCAAACUGGUAGACUUCGUAAAACUUCACCAAGACAGGAUCGUAUUAUGGCUAGAACGUCACUGAAGGAUACUUUUAAGAGCGCUGCUGAGAUAUCCCGCAAGUUUAGCUCCACUUCCGAUGUCAGCUUAUCGCACAAAAUAGUUUCUUGGAGGUUACGAGGUUCUGUGUUGCUUGCUUGGGUACCGAAAAGAAGUCCAAGAUGGCUACCAGUGGAUGGGUUGAAAUUGGUGAAGGAAGGUCCCGUAAUGUCAGCGUUAGUAGUAUUCCUAAAUAAGUGA